AUGCAAGGCUACUCGUUUGCGCCUCCCUCGGGCCCUCCCCGAGAUGGCCAGAAAAAUUAUGUAUUCGUCGAUGAACAUAAUCGACACAAGCGGCUGAAAGUGAUGCGGGCGUGUAAUGGCUGCCGGAAGAGAAAGAUCAAGUGCGAUGCAGCCACGACGAAUACGUGGCCAUGCUCGGCAUGCACUCGCUUGAAGUUGGUCUGCGUCCCUCCUACCAUCGGUCAAGACGGGGAAUUCGUCAACGAGGGAAUGGAAUCCGCUCAGGAGCUUGGCGGCCCAGCAACAACGUCCGAACCUUCGCAUCAUGCCUUCCCGGUGCCCCCGGCCUACAGAGACCCCAAUCAAGCUCCAAUGGGGAAUAUGCAAUCUUACGACGGAAUGGGCAUGUAUUCCCAAUUCGUUCACGCCCCUCCGACCCAACACGGAAUGUAUAACGACAUGCGAUCAUCCCCUAUAGUCAUGCCACACCAGUCAUAUCCACAACAACCCCAAGUAUUCCCCGGGGCUCAACCGCCACACUUGGCAACCCCAGAUCGGGCGGUGUUUGCAGAGAAUGAGCAAACGACGGCGGACAAUCUCAGCGAUGUCCUGGGAGAGCUAAAAAUUGACGAGACGGGCAUCGCACCAUAUAUUCGGAGGCAAAGGAAAGAUCGCAUCGAACCGGAUGCGCCUGUGCAAGAUGAUGUGGAAGAAAGACUGCCCCCUCUCAGUACGGGAGCGGGCGCUACGAUUCGAAUUCCUCCAGAGUUGAUGCCCGAUGAUGAAGACGUGAUGAACUACUUCAAAAUCUACUUCGACGAAAUCCACCCCUACGUCCCCGUGAUCCCCCGGGCCCAUCUAUACUACCAAUGGCAAAACGACCGCCGUUCUAUAUCUCCACUCCUCCUUGAAGCCUUGUUUGCGUGCGCGGGGCGACUAUCUGACGAGCCCUCGGAAGGUGCUCAAUGGCUUGCUAUGGCAAACAGACACGAAUCUAGUUUCAUGGAUGUUCCGCGGUUAAGCACCAUUCAAGCUCUGCUUCUCUUGCUCAAGGCAAGAGAGUCAUUGCCCAAAAAGGGCUACUAUUAUCGGUCAUGGCAGACCGUCAAAACCAUCGUAUCGAUGGCCAAGGAUCUAGAUAUCCACGAACAUUAUAGUGGACACGCCGAAGGACGAUCCUGUGAUCUGAGCCCAAUCGAGUGUUUAGUGAGCACUCGGGUUUGGCAGGCACUUUUAGUGGUUGAGGUGAUGAUAGGAGCACCCCAAGGCCGCUCCGAUUACGGCGUUGACCCGGACACCGUGGAUAUGCGCCCAACCUUGGAUAUCAGAGGUCUAGAUCACUAUGAAACGGAUCGAUCCAGACAAUAUGCUUACUUUGUCCGCAAUGCCCACCACAUUCGCAUCAUUACCGACCUUUAUCACAAGAUCAAGAAGCAGAAAGACUGGGGAGCAGAUCCUCGUUUUGUACAGAAGAACCCGCUCUUUUCUGACUGGCUUCGUAAUCUACCCACAGAUUUGCAGGUGAAUUACCCGGCCGAUGGAAGCCCUCCAUGGAUUCCCUCUCAUUUUGUGGGAAAUAUGCACUCCCACUGUCACCUGGCGAUCAUCCUGCUGCAUCGUCCGCAGCUUGUGGCGUCUCAAUCCUUUACAGCUGGUGGCGACUGGAGAAUCCAUUUCUCUCUGUGUUACACCUCGGCGAAGAGUAUCUGUCGUUUGCAGGAAGCUAUCCUGGAGCGAUUCGGACUUUCCGGCUUGCUGUACAUGCAGCGAGGUAUCAAUUUUGCGAUCUAUUGCAUUCUCACUUGCACCAUGCUCCACCUGAUCGCAAUUACUUCCCCGGACCCCGAAUUCAAUUCAGACGCCCGGGAAUACUUUACACGCCACAUGCGCAUCUUGGAAAAAUGCUCCGAUGCCUGGCCCAUGCCAGAGAUUCAGGCUCAAAUCGACUCUCUCAGGCUGGCCUUCUCCGCAGACACUCAUCGCCCCUUCGAGCUGAAACCGAGCUUUCCCUACGGAAGUCCCUCGGAACCAUAUCAGCCUAGUCCCCCCAUGGACGCGCAUUAUCAUCCACACCUAAGCCAAAUGUCAAGCAAUGUCCAAUCCAGAGUGGGUUUCAACACACAUCCAAUCACUCCUCCGAUAUCUGCCGGUGCUGAAUCAGACGCAAAGUCGGACACGUCCUCCCAGUUACAAUCCCUUGGAAUGGUCCCCCAUCAACCGCCUACAACCCAUCCUCUCGAAGCUCCUUUAGUUGAUGAAAACAGCUGGGACCCUACGCGUAUUAUCAACCAAUGGGAUAUGGCUUUCUCCGUCAACCCAUCAACCGUCAGCGCCAACUCUCCUCCCAUGCCCAUGAACAACACCCCCCAACCCAUGUCGAAUAUGGUCAACCAACAGUAUCCGAUGCAGUAUGACUCGCCGUCCAAGGUGACAGUCCCGCAGACCCAAUCAGUGUCGCCACCACAAUUCCAGGCACACCCGGUCGUAUUCAGUGCACGGGAUUGGCAACAAAGUGUGGCCAGCGUGUAUGACCCGCAGGGCUUGAAGCGUCGGUGGAAUUACUCCACUGACCUCGGGGACAAUAUGAUCAAGCGGCAACGGGGGUGA